AUGCCUCUUGCCAGAACACUGCUGCUUCUGCUCCUCGUCGUCACUGUCUUCGCCGCGAGCGUGAGCGCCUCUGAAUCCAUCGGCAAUGGAGACGAGGUCUACAUCGUGUACUUGGGGCAUCUACCGGCCAGCACGGAUGCGUCAGAACCUGAAGGUUUCUCUGCUGUAGAAUUUGCUCAUCACGACCUGUUGAAUGAGGUCCUCGACGACGGCAGGUCGAAAACUCCCUCUUUUUACCACAGAAGUAGCUAG